AUGGAUUCUGGCCAAGUGAGUGGACAUAGUAUUAGUAAAGCUACAGUGGAUCACAUGGAACUGGAACAAGUUAAAAGAAAACUGGCUGCAGAUCGAGAGUAUGAGACCAAGCAAGGUGGUGGUGCAAACAGCAGCAACACAUACCUGUUUCUUUUUGCAGCUUCAUUUUAUGGUGAGAGCUACAUUGAACUAAAAACAGUGGAGUCCUUUAACCAGGUAGCACUGAAGUUGAGAUUCCGGAGCAUAAGACCAAAUGGGUUACUGUUUUUAGCAGCUGGCCAGAACACUUACUGCUUGGUUGAAUUAAGAUCAGGACAUAUUCAGGCAAAAGUGAACUUUGGGUCUGGUGAACAUGUUCUUCGAUCCGAAAAGGGAAUUCUUUUAAACGAUCAAGCUUGGCACACAGUUCAGCUUGGUCAUAAAAAUGACAACGUGACUCUGACUGUUGAUGAGCACUUCAGAAGCAGUACAAAAAUGCCAGGAAUAUCCCACGAACUUAGAACUGAUCAUGGUCUUUAUGUUGGUGGAAGUGGAAACCUAGAUGUGCUUUACACUGAAGGGAAAACUAAUUUUCGAGGAUGUAUUGAUGAUGUUGUAUUUAAUCAGCAGGAGUUGAUAUCAUCUUUAAAAUCUUUUGCUGGACAUAAAAAUGUAUAUGAAGUGUCACUGGGAUGCAGCGAGGAAUUCUUUGCUAGCGAAGAUGGUGCGGUCAGUUUCUUUAGCUCCAGAUCUUACAUUGCAUUUCCACUGCUUGAGAGCCAAAGUGAAGAGGUAUUUGAAUUUGCAGUAAGAACAUCUGUUGACCGUGGUUUGCUUUUGUAUAAUUCAGGUCAAAAUGGUGAAUUUUUAGCUUUGGAAAUUUGGGAUGGAUUGAUUCAGGCAUUUGCUGGAAACAAUGAAAGAAAAACCAAGCUUUCCUCAUUUAGCCCUGUCAAUGAUAACAACUGGCACUAUGUUAAACUCAGAUACACCCUUCGGCACCUUUAUCUCACUGUAAAUGAGAAAACUGUAAAAGCUUCCUUAACUUUCUCCAGUAAAGGCAUCGGUGUAAGAAGUCCUCUCUUUGUUGGCGGUGUUGACGACAGCACUCGUUUUGAAGUUAGAAAGUUUGGCCUAGACUCAUUUUCUGGAAAACAUGCAAGGGGCGGGUCCUUUAAAGGUUGUUUGAAAGAUCUAAAAGCCAACUCACAAAGCAUAGGAUUGAAAGAUGUUUUAGUUACGAAAGAUAUUUCUGCAGGCUGUGAGGAGUCAAAUGUUUUCUCUCACGCUUUUGUGCCAUCUGCAACACAGAGGAGUCCAUUUCCAGGUGCAUUAUCCUUUACAUCUACAAUGAGUCCAAAUGUGUUUGAGUAUCACAGCACAAAAUUGAGUGGCAGCAGUUUUUUGGUCCUUAAUAACUUAGUAGUUCAAGAGGGAGGGAGGGCAUCACUGGACUCUAAGCACAUCAAAUUGAAUCUUGACUUCAAAAAAUUAAGACUUCGUCAGUCACAGGUGAUCUUUAAAAUCAAAGAACAGCCCAAGCAUGGAGAUUUAAGCCUUGAUAUUGAUCCAGAGCAGGAACAGGACACAUUUUCAAUGUUAGACUUGUGGCAUGGUAGAGUUGUGUAUGUAAAUCAUGGCUCGGAAGAUGCUUAUGAUUGUUUUACAUUCUCAGUUUUUGCUAAUAGCAAGAAGGAGAUGCCUGCUCAUCUAAAGGGAGACCAGCUUUAUGCUUUUAAUAUUACUAUUACUCCAACUAAUGAUGCCCCUGAAUUGACCCUGCCAGAAGGAAAUCUGUUUGUGUUGUUGGAGAAUUCUAAGAAACGUCUUACUGCUGACCUGCUGAAAGCUGUUGAUAUUGAUAAUGAUCCAGAAGAUCUUCACUUUACUGUUCUUGGCAGCCUUAAUGUAGAUGCUGGCUUUUUAGAAAAUGCAUUGCAUCCUGGAAAAAGUCUUACUACAUUUCCAAAUUCUGAAUUGCUGAAAGGAAAUAUUUAUUUUGUUCAUCACGGGGUGAAAAAUUCACGAAUUGUGAUGAGAGUAACUGAUGGUGAUAAAGUGAGUAAUACAGUAGUAUUGCGAGUUAUGGCCAUACCACUAAAUUAUAAGCUAAUCAAUAACACAGGUGCUGAGGUGAUCCAGGGUGAUGCAGUCUUAAUCACACUGGACAGUCUAGCAGUUGAGACUAAUGCUGGCAAGCAGGAAAUGGAUAUUCAGUAUACCGUUACAGAACCUACAACAUAUGGUGACAUUCAAGAACUGCAGUCUAGCGGUGAAUGGAAAAAGAUUACCACUUUCUCUCAGAGGUCAAUCGAGAAUAGUCACAUAAGAUAUAUAUCCACGUUCACAAAAAUUCAGCCAGAAAACGUCACUGAUCAUUUUAAGUUUAAAAUAAAUAUUGGGAAUACAGUGAGUCAGGAAGAUGUGUUUUUACUUAAAAUAAAAUGGGUGGUGUAUAAUAUUCUGAAGAAUGUUCCACUAGAAAUUGACAAAGCCAAGAAGGAGACACUAACUUCUAAGCAUCUGUACACAGUAUUAGAAGGUGUAGAUGUGCCUGAAAAUGAGAUUUAUUACAGAUUGCUGUCCCUACCCCAGAAGGGAAGACUUCUGCUAAACAAUAAAGUUCUAAAGAAAAACUCUACUGUUAAUCAAAGAAGUGUCAGUGGUCAAAAAUUAAAAUACGUGCUAACAACUCAACCGCUGGAAGAUACAGAAGAUUCAUUUGAUUUUCAGCUGUCCUCCAAGCACUUGGAAUCAGGUGCUUAUAAAUUUCAGAUAAACAUUAAAGCUGAUUUGAAUAGUGUUAUCUUAACAAACAAAGGGCUUUCUGUAGUAGAGGGAGAAGGGAAGUUGAUAACAAAAGCAGACUUGUUUGCCGAAACACUUAAUGAGCAGCCAUUUUAUUAUAAGGUCAUUAACAGCCCUAUGCAUGGCAAACUGAAGCGGAUUAAUCUUUCUAAUUCAUUUAACAGCAAUGACAAUAUAACAACUUUUACAAAUCAGGACAUCCUUGAAGAGCGCCUUCUGUAUGUCCAUGAUGAUUCUGAAACAGUGUCUGACCAGUUUGUUGUCACUGCUUCCACUAGAAUUUCAGAAGAAGCAGACAAGCUUCUUCACAAGGCAGAGCCUGUAUCAGUAAAAAUCCUUUUCAACAUCUCUGUUGUUUUAAAAAAUGAUGAGAAACCAGUACGUGUUGUUGAUCAGAUUUUUCACGUUACUAAACGUGGGCAAAAACUUUUGACCUUGGAAGAUCUGUGCUAUCAUGAUUCUGACUCUGAUUUCAGUGAUGAUCAUCUGGUGUAUACUAGGCGUGGGAUUCCAAAUGGUGAGCUUGUUCUUGUUAAUGAAACAUCUGUGAAACUCUACCAGUUUAAGCAGCUUGAUCUGAAGCAGAAGCGUGUGUUGUUUAUACACCAAGGAGCAGACUAUGGACGUUUUGUGUUAUUUGUAAGUGAUGGAAAGCAUUAUACAUCAUCACUUCUUGAAGUUCAGGCUUCAGAGCCUUACCUCAAGGUUGCUAACAACACAGGCCUGCUUGUUCAGAAAGGCCACGAAGGUACUGUUACAAUAGCUAACUUUAGUAUUACCACAAACUUAGAUAUCAGGCAUGAUAAAGAUAUAGUGUAUAAUGUCAUUUUGCUACCUAAUCAUGGAAAACUUUAUGUAAACAACCGUUUGGUUGAAACGUUCACCCACCAUGAACUAAAGAUGGGACAUGUCAGAUAUGCACAUGAUGACAGCAACAAUUUUCUUGAUAGAUUUAAUGUCACAGUAAAGGUUAAAGAUUUGCAACUACAUAUUGGAAUUUCCAUUCGGAUAUAUUUGGAAAGCCAUCAGCGUCCUCCAAGAAUUUUGCACAAUAGUACUCUUUUGGUGGAGGAAGGAAAACCUGUCAAAAUCAGUAAACAAAAGCUGCAGGUUGUGCAUGAUGACAGUUCUCCAUCAGAGAUUAUGUAUACUGUUAAGACAGCUCCUGCAUAUGGAUAUAUUCGCAGCUUUUCUGAAACAGAUCAAAGAUAUAUUGGAACAGAACAAAAGCCUAUUCAAAGUUUUACACAACAAGAUAUCAAUGAUGGUGAUAUCCAGUAUGUACAAAUUACAGCUGAUCGACUGACGGAUACGUUUUUAGUAGAUGUUACAAAUGGUAUAACCGAGCUUACAGGAAUUCAGGUCUUUGUUGACAUUGUACCUCAAGUGAUACCAUUGAAAGUAAAUAACUUCACGGUCUUGGAAGGUGGGUCAAAAGCUUUGACCGAAGACUACAUCAAAAUUUCUAAUCCUCACUUUGCAGGAUUUAAUUCUCUGUAUGAAAUAACAGAGCAACCAAAAAAUGGGCAUAUAGAAAAUUCACGAUUUCCUGGAAUAAAGCUUUCCACUUUUACAAGAAAACAGGUUGAGCAGGAAUUAAUCUAUUAUGUUCAUGACGACAGUGAGACACUAUAUGAUAACUUCACUAUCAUUGUGAAUGAUACAGAGCUGGGGAAGCAGAGUCUGCCUCAGGAAGGUUUCAUAACUGUUAUGCCAGUAAAUGACAAUGGUCCAGUCGUAACUGCUAACAAAGUAUUCAGGGUUUGGGUAGGAUCAGUUACUAAAAUCACUGCAGAUGACCUCAGAACAGAAGAUAAGGAUUCACCACCUGAGAAGGUUAUAUACUCUCUCACUCCUCCAAGCAAUGGUCAUGUGGCCCUCAAGUCAUCUCCUCAUAAAGACAUCCUGAACUUUACACAGGCUCACAUCAAUGAGGGACAGCUUGUUUUUGUACACAGUGGAGCGAUGUCAGGAGGUUUCAGCUUUCAGGCCAGUGAUGAACAGCAUUUUGCACCACGUCAGAUUUUUAGUAUCACUGCACAGGCUCUUCUCAUCAGUCUUGAAACCAACAAAGUACUUGAGGUUUUUCCAGGAAGUACAAAGCAGAUCUCAUCUGGUGACUUAAAAGCCAUAACCAAUGAUGUGAAGACCACAGGAAACAGGACUUUAACAUUUAACAUCGUCAGUCAGCCUAAACUGGGAAGGCUGGUGAAGUCUGCACCAGAUGGUACAGUAGAAGACGUGUCUAGCUUCACGCAGGACUCUAUAAGUGAAGGUUUGAUUGCUUAUGAACACAGAAACACAGAUGGUUUGGACUGGAGUGCUGAGGAUUCUUUUAGUUUUGUGGUAUCUUCUCCACCUGCUACCUUAGAAGCUCACACAUUUCAAGUUUCUAUUUCAUAUGACAACACUGGACCUAAUCAACUCAGUCGCCUUCUUGUCAAUACAGGUGCAUUUGUUACAGAGGGUGAUAAAGUGCUGAUCAACAAAUCAAAACUGGACGCUUCCAAUGUAAUCUUAAAACUGCCCGUUCCACAGCGUUCUCUGUAUGAAGUAUGGUAUCAGGUGACUUCUUUACCAAAGCAUGGAGUAAUUGUAGUUGGAGAGCGAAAUAUUACCAAGGAGAAGCCAAAUUUUUCACAGUAUAUCAUUAAUAAGUUUGGAAUAACCUACGUGCAUGAUAACUCUGAAUCUCUCACUGAUAACUUUACAUUUGCAGUUUGGCUAAACCUAAAGAGUAAAUCUGCAGCAAAGCCCAUGGAUGACAGUGAUGUUAUUGAAGAGAUGUUUAAUAUAACCAUUACUCCAGUCAAUGACCAGGCCCCAGAAUUAAAAACCAAGGCUCCAUCUCUUAGAGUCAUACAAGGCCACAGUGCAGUGCUUACACCUGCAAACCUGGAAGUUUUUGAUUUAGACAACUCGCCAGAGGAAAUUAAGUAUACCAUAAUUAGCAACCCAAGUAAUGGAUUUUUAGCAAUGCAUGACAACCUUAAUGAAUCCAUCCAGCACUUUACUCAAGCUGAUAUUAACAGUGGUCAUAUAUGGUUUAUUCAGGAUGGAAGUCCAAACUCUGGUGUGUUGUAUUUUAGUGUAACUGAUGGAAAGCAUCGUCCUCUAUAUAAACUAUUUAACUUGGAGAUAAUACCCAUCGUAAUAAGUUUCAUUAACCUGACUGAUUUAGUGCUUCAGCAGGGUCAGACUUGUAUAGCUAUUACUGCCUUUAACUUGGCAGCUGAAACUAACAAGAGAAACACCAGUGUUAAAUAUCGUAUUACCAGGCCUCCUGCAUCAGGUUACAUACUGAAUGGUACUGAACAGAUUUCUGUGUUUGAUCAAGAAGCUGUUGCCCAGGAAAGUCUGUCUUACCAUAUGACAAAUCUUUCUGCCUCCCAGGAUAGCUUUGAGUUUACAGUCUUUACUUCUGAAAGUUCUUUGACAAAUCAAGUAGUUAACAUCACAGUAGAGCCAUUAGUACGCGUUGCAAGUGGUGUAACAGUUCCAUCUGGUAUUGUUUACAAGCUGAGGAAAGAAGUGCUGGAUGCUAGCUCACUGGCUAAUCUUACAGGAAGUAUUCCUAAAUUUGAGAUAACCAGCCCACCUGUCUACAGUAGACUGAAGAGUCCAAGGUACCGCCGUGAUGCAGAUGUUGAAAUCUCAAAUGUUUUUACGCAGAAAGACAUUGAACAAGGUCUUGUGUUACUUGAAGUCAAUGCUAGUACCAAUCUGACUGGACCUGAUGCACUUAAUGACUCCUUUUCUUUUGUUCUUAGUGCAGAUAAUGUGCAGCCUGCUCAUGGUAGGUUUCUGUUCACAGUAGUGCCAUAUGAUCCUUCAUAUGUUGUACCGUCUACCACUGCAAUUCCCUUGACGACUAGUUCACAGCCUUUGAACAAUCAGACUGCUGUAGAAGAGUUGCUGCUAGUGACUACACAAGAAGAUCUAGUUACUCAAGCACCAUGGCGAAACCGAAAUCGGUGGGGCAACCAGAGUCAUUCACUUGUUGUCCCUGAAGUUACUAUAGCUGAGAGUGUGCAGGAGGUUACUGUAAGACCAGAAAACAUAAAGCCAGUCGCUUCUUCUAAGGACAGUAUGCGUUUCCUGUCAGUAAUCCUUCCGAUUGCUGGUGUAGUGCUUCUGCUUAUACUUGUAAUUAUUGGAAUCAUGAUAAUAUAUCGCAAGACAGCAAAAAGUAAACCCCUGAUUGUAAUUCAGCCUGAUAGCCCUGUCACAAGUAGUCCAAGUUUUCAUCAUGCAGAGAGAAGCUUGGUUGUACCAUCUGUUACAGUAACUCCACUGAUCAAAAGGGCGGAGAUUAAUGCUUACAGUCCACCAACAGCAGUAAAACAGAAACAAAUAGCAGUUGAUGGUAUUUUUUCAGCUGCAGUGACACCUCUCUAUAACCUGACUGCAGUCGACCCAGAAAUACUACAGUAUUGUCGAGUAACUAAUCCAACUCUGAAACGUAAUCAAUACUGGGUGUAAACUAAGAUAAAAAUAUUUAUUGUGAGUUUGUGUGAAGCAGUCACUCGAGUAUGAUAUAUACUUGCUUUAUACAGUGUCAGAAUCUUACUGACCUUCAGCUCAGCUGUUAGAGAAAGCGGCAUACUACAUACUGUCCAGUAAAUGUUGGCCAAGUCUUACACUAUCAAGUGUCUCUGAAAGAUACUGGGACUAGAAAAAGGUAGACAUAACAGCAGGCAGUGCAAGUAGAUAUGAUGGCUGCUUAGUGGUGGUGCUGAGAAAUACUUGAUACCAAAGUCAGUGCUUUUAAACAUUCAGCCUGUGAACAACAGUAAUGCUAACUCAGGUUUCUUUGACAUGUGAUAUUUUUAAUGUGGUGACUGCACAAUCUGUUGUAGCUGCUGUCGGAUGCUGUUCAUUAUUUUGAGAAAAAUAUUGCUGUUCUCGUUGCCUUUGAUGUAUUUGUUAUUGUUAGUAUGUUUCAGUAUUAUGUCAAAGUAUAACGUUUUCUUUUGUGGCCUGUGGACACAACUUUGCAUUUUACACACUGAUGCAUCAUACUGUUUCCAUAAGUAUCUGCACCAAGACAUUUUGAGGUUCCCUCAGGGCAGACUUUUAUGAAAUAUGGCUGCAGACAGCAGUAUCCGAAUAGUCCAUCUUUUUGUUUGUGUGACUUGCACAUCUGCUACUGAAUCAUUUUUUUUUCACUAUAGUAAAACCAUUAUGUGAUAUAUUGAUGAUGUUUUGACAUAGAGUGUUAUAGUGGCAGCAAAUAUUAUAAUGAUGGUGACCGUCUGCAGUAUUGUCAGUUACUGCUUCAGUAUAUUUAUUUUGUUAUUGUAACUGUUUAAAAAGCUUAUCUCUGUCAGUACCUCUCCACAACCCUGCAACUUGUACAUAUAAAACUCCUGUAUCGCUACACCUUGGAAAAGGUGCAGUACUCCAAGAUACAGCAGUUUUGGACGUUGUAUUUAUUUUCCCAGACCAUACUUAUUCCACAGAGUUACAGGACUUGCACUAUCAGGUCUCAAAAAUACAAUGACAACCCCUUGGGAAUUAUUCCCAAGGAUAUUACAUUAGAGUAUCAUAUGUUUAGCCAUGUUCAUCACUACAGAAACUGCACAUAAUCUGGUGUGCUGCAUCCACCAAAUAUGGGAGCAGACUGAUCUUUGUGGAACACCACAAACAAAAUGCAGUGGAGAAUGUCCCACAUUCUGAAUUCUGAUGACAUAGAUGACAUAACAACUUUGUGUAAGGUAUGGAUUAAAAGUUUGAGAAUGCAGUGCUCAUGUUAACCUUUCCAGGAUUUUGUUGUGGACAUCCACAACAAAAGUCUGAGAUAUACAAAUGGAUACAACUACUGUGAGAUGUUCUUGUCAUAAUUUUUUGUCUUAGACCAAAAACUUGGGCAAGUCAGUUUUGGUGCUGCAACACAAUAAUCAAUGAUAGGAAAGAAAAAAAGUAGUCUCCAAACCCAAGUAAGAAAAAAAAAAAACAGUUUGAGAACUUAAUGGCAUAUGUUAAAUCUUCUGUGAUUUUGUUGUGAUAAUCAGCAUCACAUGCCUGCAAUAUACAAGUAGAUACAACUGUGAUAUGCCCUUAUCAUAAUUUUUGUCUUAUAUCAGCCAGAAACAUGGGCAGGAUUGUGUUGCUACUGCAACACAAGAAUCCAUGAUAGGAGUCAAAAAGUGACCCCUAACCCCCAAGUAAGCAGAAAACAGAUAAUUAACUAUUUUCAGGUAACUUGAACAAUGAUAACAGUUCAGCAUAGGGUUUACAGUUGCAUGUUCACAUUAAGAGCUGUAUUUUCUUACAUGAAUUAAUGUGCCAGCUUUCCAAUUUAAAGAAAAUGGGCCAGGUAGUGAUGCUUUAUACGUACUAGUUGGAGAAAGCUUUAAAGUAGUGCCUCCCAUGUUUAUAAAGUAAACUUUAAUGCCAUUUAGCCCACUAACAUGUUGUUGCGUCUUUCGGCUUUUCCCGGUUGCAUGUUCACAUUAAGAGCUGUAUUUUCUUACAUGAAUUAAUGUGCCAGCUUUCCAAUUUAAAGAAAAUGGGCCAGGUAGUGAUGCUUUAUACGUACUAGUUGGAGAAAGCUUUAAAGUAGUGCCUCCCAUGUUUAUAAAGUAAACUUUAAUGCCAUUUAGCCCACUAACAUGUUGUUGCGUCUUUCGGCUUUUCCCGGUUAGGGGUCGCCACAGCGGAACUCUAGUCCGCUAAUGAUAUUUGGUUGAAAAACCAAUUAGUUGGUUAUAGUCAUAAUUUCAGUCCAACGCUAAAAGGAAAAUAUAACUUUCCUUGUAGAGCUACUAUGUUAUAUCAGAAACUUUUGAUUUAGCAGCUUAUUCAA